GCGGCGGGCAGUGCGGAGCGGGAAGCCAAGCGCUGGGGGCCCAGCCCUCCCAGGCGCCGGGGACCGCAGCGCCAGGUCCGCGCCCUGGAGUAGGCGACGGGUUCCCGCGCGAUCCUCCAGAACCCUCGAGGUGGCCAGUGUGCAGCGCCCGGGCGAUAGCAUACCCGAAGAUGCAGGAUGGCUGCGCAAUCGUCCGCCAGCCUCUCCUACCGCACCACGGGCUCCACCUGCCUGCACCCGCUCAGCCAGCUCCUCGGCAUCCCGCUAGACCAGGUUAACUUUGUAGCUUGCCAGCUCUUCGCCUUAUCUGCUGCUUUCUGGUUUAGAAUCUACUUACAUCCUGGUAAAGCCAGCCCGGAGGUCCGUCACACAUUGGCCACCAUUUUGGGCAUUUAUUUUGUUGUAUUUUGUUUUGGCUGGUAUGCUGUACAUCUCUUUGUGCUGGUGUUGAUGUGUUAUGGAGUCAUGGUCACUGCAAGUGUAUCCAAUAUUCACAGGUAUUCCUUUUUUGUAGCAAUGGGCUACCUUACGAUAUGCCACAUCAGCCGAAUAUACAUCUUCCACUAUGGAAUUCUCACUACAGAUUUUUCUGGGCCUCUGAUGAUUGUCACUCAGAAGAUUACAACCUUGGCUUUCCAAAUUCAUGAUGGAUUAGGUCGAAAAGCUGAAGACCUUUCUGCUGAGCAAUACCGACUUGCUGUGAAAGUGAAGCCCUCGCUUUUGGAAUACUUAAGCUACCAUCUCAACUUUAUGAGUGUCAUAGCUGGCCCUUGUAAUAACUUCAAGGACUAUGUCGCCUUCAUCGAAGGGAGACACAUACAUAUGAAGUUGCUGGAAAUGAACUGGAAGCAAAGAGGUUUUCAGAGUUUGCCAGAACCUUCUCCCACUAGAGCUGUGAUACAGAAGUUGUGCAUGACUUUGAUGUCUCUGCUGUUGUUUUUGACCCUCUCAAAGUCCUUUCCUGUCACCUUCCUUGUUGACGACUGGUUUGUACAUAAGGCCAACUUCCUCAGUCGCCUUUGGUACUUAUAUGUUGUCAUGCAAGCCGCAAAGCCCAAGUACUACUUUGCGUGGACGUUAGCGGAUGCAGUGCACAAUGCAGCUGGCUUUGGGUUCAGUGGCGUGGACGCGGAUGGGCAUUUCUGUUGGGAUCUGCUGUCUAACCUGAACAUCUGGAAGAUAGAGACUGCUACAAGUUUCAAAGUGUACUUAGAAAACUGGAAUAUUCAGACAUCUACGUGGCUGAAAUGCGUAUGCUAUGAACGGGUUCCCUGGUACCCUACCGAGCUCACCUUCCUCCUGUCUGCUCUGUGGCAUGGCGUUUACCCAGGAUACUACUUUACAUUCUUAACUGGAGUCCCUGUGACAUUGGCAGCUAGAGCGGUGAGGAACAACUACCGACAUCACUUCCUUUCCUCCAAAGCUCGGAAGGUGGCUUAUGACGUGGUUACCUGGGCCACCACUCAGCUGGCUGUCUCUUACACGGCAGCGCCCUUUGUCAUGUUGGCAGUUGAGCCAACCAUCAGUUUAUACAAGUCUAUGUUCUUUUUCUUACACAUCGUAAGUCUGCUGAUAGUCCUUUUCCUGCCAAUCAAACCACGCCAGCUUCAAAAGCAGCCUCAAAGUACAAAUUCUGUACAGAAGAAGGCAGACUGAUACCCACAGAGAGAAGCUGAACAGCAGAAUUGCAGGACAUUGUGAAGACAAAACCAACAGACUUGAGGGUUCUCUAGUGACUUAGAGGAGAUGUUUACAUGCGGUCUUUUUUCACUGCAGGGAAUAUUUUUGUAAAUCCUUUAUUUGUUUUGUUUUGUACAGUUAAAUCACCGUGUCUAGCUUUAUCUUCAUAUUUUACAGGGCCUUUCAGUGACACAGUAUAGAGAACAGGCCACUGGGUUGGCUCUUCUGAAAUCUUUUCCACCUACUGAAAUCUGGAUGCAUGGAUCCAGGCGUUGCCUCCAGCACUUAAGAGGUGUCUGCUGAGAUGAUUUGUCCGAGAUUUCUGAAAUCAGAACCUCCCCAGGCAUGAUUUUUCCCUGGCAACUCCAGGCCCUUGGCUGCAUGACUUACUGGGUUGUGGACACAACUCCUAUGCUUAGAAGCCCUUGGAAAGAAGUGAUUAUGGAGGAAUGUUUUCAGGGUGUUGAAAAAAGCUCCACAAACUGGGAGAUUAACCCUGAAUGCUUGAAUGGAUUGGUGUGCCCUCCAACAGGCUGCAUUUACGUCCCCCAGGAAUGCAUCCUUCCCUUCUUUCCUUCUGAACUGAGCCAAGACUGGAAAUCAGAAAGUUUCCUGCCUGUGUGCCCCUGGAGCUGGGGAGGGGGUGGGGGCUACUGCUUUCCAUUUCGACUGCUUUGAUCUGCAUGACUUGACCUGUGUUGGCCCUGAGAAGGCACCCAGACACUGGCACUGUCAAAGGUGGCUGAAUGCCUUUUCAAGAAAUAAUUGCUUUCAGUAGGUAGAGGCUCUGUCUUCUCCCUGAAUAUGUUGAAAGUGUCAGUGAUCAUGGCCAGCAUGUAGACACAAGCUGAUUUUUGUAAUGGAUUAAAUCCAGCUUUAUUUUAGGUGAACUGUCAUGCUGGGAAGCUGCAACUGAAUGAUAAUACUCUAUUCUGUCUUCAUUAUGAUUGUGCUGUGGCUCCUUUGGGGCAUUUCUACUGGGUGAAAUAGUCUGUGCGAAAGAAGGAAACAUAUAUUUAAAACGUGGAAAAUAAUAAUAAUGAUAAUAAUAAUAAUAAUAAUUGUAAUAAUAGAAUAUAUGCUUCAGAGAUGUGUUCUCAAUCAAAUGGCUUGGGAGCUAAAAAUUUGUUCAGAUCAGAUGAUUAAAAAAAAUCAGUUUCUCAGUGAAUAAAUAAUAUAUUUCUAUUUUA